AUGAUCCUCGAUGAUGUUAGGCUUGGCGAAAAUGUGAAUGACAGAGAAAGUAAACAGCAUCAUACGAUGAUCGACAAAAUGCUACGAAAUCGUGAGGCUGAAUUGCAGAAAUAUGCCGAUUUGCAGCGCAAAUUGCAUGCUGCGGAAAAAAUCGAAAUCUGCCGUAGGAUAAGAAGUGGUACAGCAAUUCCAAAUGACUGUCAUCGAGCAAAGCCUUCUCGUAGUCUCAGUCGAGGUGGACGAUCACUAUAUUGGCGUUAUAUAAGAAGAUUUCGAAGGCGGCGAUCUUCCGCCAGCACUGAUGACAAGGAUCUGGUGCAAAGAAUUGAAGCGGAAAACGAUGAACCAAUGUAUGAGAAUCCAUCAUUAGUUUAUAAUAGACUGUCGACGAAUAUACUUAAAUAUCGAUACUUACAUAAGUUGGAUGACGAAACAUUAGCCGUUUAUAUGGAGCAAUUGCGUCGUCAAUUAAACCGUUUGGAACGCUUCCGUCAAGUUUCAUUUGGACCAUUUUCAGUAGCACGUCAUCAAAAUGAUCCGCAAAUGUCGUGGUUCUUCAGGCGCAGGUCACUACCCAGUUUGACCGAUACUACGCCUACCACUACCAUUACCAAUACCACUACUACCAUUACUUCUUCUGCUACACAAAGCAAUAUUUAUGAACAGCCGACCUUGAGGAGCACCCAAUCGUUGAAUCAACAUCGUAGCCGUUCCAGUAAACCACAAUCAUCACGAAGUGGUGUAUCCGAUAACUCUUACGAUAACUAUUCGCAGUCCAAACGACAAUAUAAUACCGAGAAUAAUGCCCGCUUACCUCCUGUUUCUCGAAAAGUAAAAAGCGGCCAAGCAGCAAUCAACGACAACAACGUUAUCAAAACACCACGUGGAAGAAAAUCAACACCAAUAGAAGCGAAAAAGGUUGCUCAAAAAACAACAAGAACAACACCGACGGGACAUAGAACUGGUCAGAAAAUAAAGCCGAGAAUCAGUCCAGAAUUAACUGAUUUGCAGGCGACAAUUUCUGCUACUCCUAAAUUAGUCGUUAAGCCGCAAAUGGAAUCAGUUAAGCCCGGGAAUGAAAGAUCUCCACUAAAUUUCGAUGAUGAACGAAAAAUGUAUUCGGACGUUACUUCACCGGAAAAUAUAGAUUUGAGAACCGGAAGAGAAGCAAUGUUUGAGAAGUCGGUUUUGCCACUAGAUCAUUCAAUAAUGCCGGUAGAUGACGAAAAGAGAUCUCAAUCGAAUGUAUCAAAGCAAAUGGUUGAGGAACCAAAAAUCGACCAAUCGAAAACUAAAAAUGAAAGAAAUUCGGAUUUGCCAUUUGAUUUAUCACCAGAAACGUCGAAGAAGACGGAAUUAGAAAUGAUUGAUACAGUGGUCGUUUCCGAAAUUCCUCCUGUUUCCAAAUGGACAGCAUCUGAAGCAGCAGAAAAUCUUGUGAGCUGUGAAACAUCUUUUGAUUCUUUGCAGAAUGAAACUGACUCGCAGGAAAUGAUAUUAUCCGAAGAGAUCGAUGAGGACCAAAGUUUAGCUGGAAAUGGGAUGGAGACGGAAAAUAAGCCUGAAAGAUUGCUUACAAGUGAAAGUUCAACUGAUGAAAGGGAAACUGUACAAAUCGAUAAUCAACAAGAUCGACUCCAUCAAUUAAAAGAAACUUUCAGAAGAUUAUCAACAGAAGAGUUGAAGCUCGUAGAAGAGAAAAUGGCUGGAGAAUUUGAAAAAACUGAUGAAAUUAUUUCGUCACCGACAGCAGUGUUAGUAGCAGAAGAUAAACUAUCAGAAAUAAGUAAUGCUGAUAUAUCCGUUAAAGAACCUGAGAUAACGCCUACAGGCGACAAUACUUUUCUGUAUACUGAAACGGAAAACCGAAAAGUAUCGAACGCAAUUGAAUGCGAUGUAAAUGAAUUUGUCGCAAUUAACGGAAAAAUUUUGGAAGUAUCGCCACAAGGAAAACUGGAAGGACAAGAUUCCGUUGUGAUAUCCGAAAUCUAUUCAGUAGAUCCAAAGGAGGGAAUUCCUGCUACAGAAAAGAACCUGGCAGAAGUAGUGGAAAACCGUACUACAGUGGGCAAAAGUUUGCUGUCUUCUGCAGUAUCUCCGGGAAAACUUAUUUCGGUUGAAGAGCCAGAAGGAGGGGUAUGUCAUACAGAAAUUGAGUAUUCAGGAGGACAAGAAUUUUCUAAUCAUCAAGUCGGGCUAAUGAAGAUUAAAUCUGAGGUAAAUCAAGACCCAGGAGAACAUGAUAUUGAGAGAUUGUCCAAAUUUCCGAAACCAAUUCUGGUUUCGGAAACAUCUGUGACAAAGGAUGACUCAUUAGAAUUGCCGAGGUUGGAAAUUUCUUUUGAACAAUUACAAGAUUCCAUGGGAAAUGAGCAAAAGAUAUCGGGUGAUGAACAUUUGAGUGAAAAAACUGAAAUUACAAGUAGUGCAACAGGAAUGGAAGAAUUGGAAUCUGCGAAAGAUGCUUUCCAGCUGGGAAAAUUUCCUGAUUGUUUCGUCGAUAAGCAGCUAAAAUACCAGGAAAAAAACGUUCCAGAGGAAAACAAGGUAACUGAUGGAAGCCUCGCAAUAAAAAUUCAACAACCGGAUGCUAAAAACUCAAUAGACGGUCUGGAAUCCAAUGACAAAUGUCAUACUGACGAAAAACCAGAAUCAUUUGCUUCAGUGUUUGAUGUCUCCGUGAAUGAUACGUCUUCAGUUGAAAAUUCCGAUUCUAAAAUCAAUGAGGAAAUUUUCCAAAAUAUGGAAUUGCAAUGGAAAAUGAAAGAAGUAUCGGAAGGAAUAGAGGUUUCAGAGGCAGAAGCAAGAGCCGAAAUAGAAAUUACAAACAACACAAACGAAAAAGUCAACGAUGUCUUGCAAACGGAAUCAGAAGAGCCAGAAUCAUCUGGAGACGUUUCUGUCACUCAUAUAUAUGUGAAACGCUCAGAGCAUAAUGAUACACUGGUUGAUGAAAGUAAAACCAAAACAGUCUUGGGAACCAAGCCAGCCACUCCUGAAAUAAUUGCAGCAGGAAAAGAAAGACUCCCUGAAAUAAUAUUAUUGAAUCCUGAAAAUCUGGUAAUUGAGGGUCUGACGGAUAAUUCGGAGCCUGUGAUCUCUGGCACACAGGAAUCCCAACCGUUCAUUUUAGCUUCACUUGAAACAAUGAAGCAAGAAUCGGAUGGUCAAGCAAAUGCUCUCACUUCCAGCACUUUGAAUACAAUAACUUCAGGUGCUGAUCAUUUCUCCGGGAAAGAAUAUCGAUCGAAGGAGAAAGAAAGCAGUGAUAAACUUAAUUCAACAAAAGUAGAAUCUGAAAUAUCUGAAAGCACCGAAGAUUCACUGCUAUCAAAUGUUCUGAGAUCAGAACAGUUACCGUCGGAAGCAUUCGCACGUGAAAGCUCGGAAGCAGUAAUUGUUGCAGGAAAGUCUAAAUGCUGCGAAGAAAUCCCGAAAAUCGUGGUUUGUAAUGAUGAGACAACAGAGCCUGAUACAGAGACAAUCGAUCACUUCCAGAUGGAAGCUAUUGCUGAAACAUUGGACCAACAAGAACAGCUGUUGGAAAAAACUAAAGAAAUAGAGGAAUCCGAAAUAUCCAAGGGUGAAGAAGUGAUGACUUCGAUGGGAAAUGAUGCUCCGGAAGAGGUGAGUGACGGGACGCAUUCGAUUAGAAGACAGCUGAAUGAAUUUUUGGAACAAUAUAUGCAUGAUAUGAUACAAAAUGUUGCGCAACUAGCUGGUGAAAGAAUUGAAACAAGUAAAACAUCGGAGAAAGAAACCGAAGAAGUGGCUAUUCAGAAAACAAGUGAAAGUCAACGUAUAGUAUCUGUUCCGGAAUGUAUCUCUGAAUUUCCAUCUCAGUUCUCAGAGAUCAAUUCUCCGAAAUCAGAUUCUGAUGAAGAUUUGCAAAAACGCGUUGAAAAUCUUCUCUCUCACGACAACAUUCUUUCAUCCAUGCAUCCAGCCAAAGCGAAUAAUUCUGAUGAGAGAACGGAAACAUCGGAAUCACGGAGUACUGCCAGAGAGGUGAUCACUAUCUCACAUCCUUAUCAUACUGAUACUACAGGGAAAUUUGAAGGAGGACAAGACAAUUGUGUGUUAAGUGAACACAGAUCAAAUGUUGAACAUGAUAUCCCACCACAACAAAUAGGAAAUAAUGUUGGUGAAGAAUUAACUGAUGACACUGAUCAUUUUACACAGGCAGAAGGAUGUGCGCAAGAAAUGGAACUUGAGAAAUGUAAAUUAGAAUCAGAAAUUCCUCAAACCACUGCUGGAUCAUCCACUAACAGUAUGUUGUCAAAAUAUUAUUAUAUUAUCAACGGUUUAACCGCAGAUGGUCAACUAAUUUUGAGUUCCGUAAAUGAUUCAAUGCUAUCAUCUGAGGAUAAAUUCAUCAGUUAUUUUGCACCGAACAAAGAUGCUUGUGUGAGUGUUAAUGAGAAAAUCCCUUUGAUUACUGAUACAAACGGAAAUCCGGAAAUUAAAGUUUGCGGUAUGCAAAAAGUCUCAUCGGAAGUGUUCAAUGAAUCAAAGAAUAUUUGCGCAGCUGAUGUGAAUGCAAAUAUUUCACAAGAAACAAUCCAUGUGAAACCAAUAAAAGAUGAGCAAGAGAUGGAAGAACAUAACACUCUAACUAGUAAACAUCUAUUGCUGGAACAAAGUAAUGCAAAAACAGAAAAACAUGAAGUUAUCAAUGCUAACAAUGAAAUAAUAUCUGCUCUUAGCCAAUGUCAAGAGCAACGGAUGAUGGAUUUCAAUAAUGAGAACACUUUAUCAGCUAAACGAGAGAAACCACAAAAGAUGAAUGGAUGGGAUGGGAAAUUGAACGACGAGAACGAAAAUAGCAAUUCCUGA